AUGUCCUUAAAUAUUAUCAUUUAUGACGUAGGAGUUCCUCUUCCUUCUACACUUAAUUAUAAUAAUUUAAAUAAGAAAAAGUCCUAUGACUCCGAUAGAAAAUGCAAUAAAUUAGCUGAUGAUUUAAGCGAAUAUAAGAAUGUUUUCGAUUUUUGUGAGAAUUUUACUGGAGUUAUCGAGAAUUUUGAUAAAUUUUCAUUUGUUGGUCAAUUCGAUGAUGAUUCUUGCAAAGUUGUAAAGUUUUGGGUGUAUGAUCGUUUAUUUAAUUUACGUACUAACAAUACAAAUGUUAGCGAUAUUAACAAAAUUAUUAAUAAGUUAAAUGAAAAUAUUAAUCUUGAUAAAAUUCAAAAAUGUACUAUAUUUGAUUUUAAAUAUUCGAAGGAAGUUUUUUAUAAAAUGAAAAGUUUGUAUGAUUAUGCUACAAAUUAUAAGACAAUCAAGGAUCACCUUUAUGGUAAAAAUUAUAUAUGCAAUAAGAAUCUGAAAGAUUAUAUUGAUAAAAAUUAUGAAAUAUAUAUUAAUAUAAAAAAUAAUUGUAACACUAGCGAUAGAAUUCACGAAGAAUAUUGUAAAGUGUAUGAAUAUAUUAAAGAGGUGUUUAUAAAUGAAGCAUUACCCUUAUCAUGUAAAGUAAGAAACAUAGAAUCUGAAGCUGAUGAACAAGAAGAAUUUGGGGAAUCCAGUAGAGAAGGAAUGACCCAAACAUUAGGUAGCUUAAGUCAAGGUGACAAAGAAAGAUCUGUAUUUAGUGGAAAAUCAGAACGUGGGCACGAUUCUGUAUUAACUUUUGAAGACCAUAAACCCUCUGUUCCAAUUACAAAUAUUAUCGUGGGAGUUAUUUUUCCACUUUUGGGAAUAUUUUGCAUUUUUUUCAUAUUUUAUAAAUUUACACCCUUCAAAUCUUGGUUAAGAACUCACUUAUUGAAAAAAAAAAUAAUUCAGUAUUACGAAGUUGAAGAAUAUAUACAAAAAAAUUUAAAUGAGAGUUAUCACACAAAUGGACAACAUAUGCGUUAUCAUCCUUUAUGA